AUAGUGCAGAAAGUGCAUCAGCGAGGAACGGAUCUCUCUCUCUCUCAUUUGCACGCGUCUCCGUGCUGUUCCGUGUUACUCGUUCUUCAUUCGAGGUUAGGUCAGCUGUUAACCGUUCCACGACGACGAUGCUGGCGCGUCGAUUAUUGUGCCGAAGGCAACUAUGGCAAGCUUCCUGCUGCCAGGCAGCGGUGCGAUGCACUCAGAGCGCGGCGAGUCAACUGCCGGAGAUGAGCAACUUCGAGACGCGGCUGCCGGAGGUCAAGAAGAAGGAGCCGCAGCGGCAGCCGUUCGUCAAGAACCUGUUCCUUGGCGUGUUCGACCACGAGUUCGUGUACUACCCGGAGCCACAGACUAAGAAGAGGCAUCAGCAUUUCUUCGAGUGGCUGAAACCCGUCGAGAGUUACAUGGCGGAAUGCUCGGCGAAUCCGGCGGGCAUCCGGCGCGACGAGGUUAUCGCUCACCUGAGGGACCUGGACGUCUUCCGGGCUCAAGUCAGCGUGGCGCAUCUCGGCUUGGGUCUGACGCACACGGAACUGACGAAGCUGCUGGAGGUGCUCAGUAUCCUGCCCUGGAUGGGCUCGUAUUUCGUCAAGAACUACAUGAUGCCGAUUCAACUGAUCGACGCGCUGGCCUCGGACGCGCAGAAGGCCAACUACAUGCCGAGGAUAGCGAGCGGCGAGAUCGUGCCCACGGUGUGCUUCACCGAGGCCGUCGGCUUCAACACGCAGAACCUGAAGACGAGGGCCACACUGUCGGGCGACAGCUGGCUGCUGAACGGCGAGAAGAGGUUCGUGGCGAACGGACGCGACGCCAAUCUGUACCUCGUCUUCGCCCAGUCCGGCGUCGGCAUGGUGCGCGACUCCUCCAACAAGGACCUGUCCGUGUUUCUGGUAGAGAACAACUCCGAGGGGAUCACUCUGCGGGACGACGACACCUUGGUAGGCCAGCAGGGCAGCUCGGUGAACACGGUCAGUUUCAACGACGUCAAGGUCCCCAGGGAAAACCUCAUCGGCGAGGUCGGCUGCGCGCUGGACGUGUUGAUCGAGUCGAUGGCGCCGGGUAACAGGCACACCGCUGCGCAGGCGAUCGGUAUACUGAGGAUGUUCAUGAAAGUGCUGGUCACGCACGUAUUGCAGAGGAAGCACAUCGACCGGAAUCUGUACGAGUUCGAGGCGGUUCAGGAGGUGGUCGGCAAGAUCGCCACCCGGCUGUACGGGAUGGAGAGCGUCCUCUACAUGACCACCGGCAUGAUCGACUCCUUCGACAAGCAGGACUGCAUGAUAGAGAAGGCGAUGGCGGAGGCGUACUGCGCGAACGAGUGCGCCGCCUGCGUCUACGAGGGCCUGCAGAUCAUCGGGGCGCAGAGUUACCUCCGUGAGAAGCCCUACAUCAAGUUCCUCGAGGACGCGUUGUCGUACACGCUCUACGACAGCUACAACGUCGACUCCAACAUAUACAUAUCGCUGCUGGGUCUCCAGCACACCGGCAAGCACAUGUUCAAGCACGUGCACAAGCUGCGCAAUCCCUUGACGUAUCCGAAGUUCCUCAUCAGCUGGGUAUUCGGCAAGGAGUUCAAGCUGCGGCUGCACAUCGCCGAGCACAUGCACCCGUCCCUGCAGAGAAGUGCUGACACGUUGGACGAUUGCAUCACCAAGCUGGCGCACGCCUCGAUCGCCUUGCUGGAGCGCCACGGUUUAAGUAUAUCCGAACAGCAAAUGGAGCUGCGCAAGCUCAGCGAACUCGCCACGACGACGUUCACCUUGGUGGCUGUGCUGUCGCGCGUCUCGCGCUCCUACUGCAUCGGCCUGAGGAACGCCGAGCAGGACCGGCACGUCGCCAACAGCUUCGCGAGCCUCAGCCUGGACAGGGUGGCCGUGCUCGCGAACGAGAUCAUGUCGGAAGGGUGGCAGACCAACGACAGGCUCUACAAGAACGUUGCCGAGCUCAUGUACAGCAAGAAGGAAUACUUCGCCGAGCAUCCGCUCAACAGAAGUUAUUAGAUCGACACCGGUUCACCGGGAUCUUCGGACCGAGACACUUGUCGAAAUACGUGAACGUUUCCCAAUUCUACGAAUUGUGAGGAGGAGGAAGAGUUUGCUAGGUGUGAGUCACGUGUUUAAUCGCGGAAGUUUCUCCUAAGAGCGGGACCCCCCCCCCCGUAUUAAUAGUGAUCGAUUGAAACUCGUCCCUCGCGUGACACUCGGGUCUGAGUUUCGAGUAAGAUAUAAGAAUUUAUGGAAUCGCGGCUGCGAAUUCGCGACGUCGAGUAUAGCCGUUCGAUGCGCCGGGAAAAUUCAGUGUCUAACUCGGGAUUCAUAUUCUGAAUCGUCUCACACGGGCAAGUUUUCAUUACAAGGUCACACGUAUAUCGUGUGACGUAACUAAAGUCCGGGUUCAAAUGUAUUUUAUCACGAGACAACACGAGUGAUAUGAGAAAUUACCGAUUCAUACCGAUUCCGACCGCCCCCCGAGUCUAUCGUCAAUAACCGAGCACGAUUAAUGUUAGACGUUUAUUAUUGUCUGUUUAUCGUUGAGAGAAAUCAAUGAUUUGUAACGUCUGAAGUUAGUCGUGCGCUCAGUCGCUGAAGGACUGUCGGGAAAGACCGGGAUAGUCGAAAACUGAGAGCGCUAGUUUAACGGGCUCGAGGCGAUCAGACGUGUGUCUGUAGAAAACAUCCCUUUUAUCUCGUAGUUUACAGGAUCGUUGCGUUGUAAAAAGACGUACUGUAAGUAGUAAGACUCGCACGAAGGGAGGCGGAGGGGAGGCAAGUGCACACGCGCGCGUUCCACCGAGCUCUUCUGUGUAUUUAUACGCCAGUAGCAAUUGUACAAUCGUACCUUAUAUACUAAGAUCGAGUCGAAAAGUAAAAUAAAUGCUCUUAAUCAGA